UUUAUUAAAUGCUUGAUUUUAUAAUAUUCGUAACAAAAACGAAUUUAAACGAUUCUACAAACGAUUAAUAACAUCAUAGAGUUUCAUCAGCUCCUAAUUUGCAUCCAAACAUAUUUCCAGUCGAGCAUGAAUUCAUGGAAAUUGGAUCUGAUGUUAGCCAAUCUGUCACUCGACGUCGACAGAAACAAUCAUUUUCUGAACGCUGCUUUUGCUUGUUGAUCCACUGGAGGAAAAAGAAAAGAGCAACUUUUAAACAUUGACAGAUACCAAUGAACACAAACAUUAAAAGAAUGUUGAAACAUAAUUUCUUAAAAACAUCCUGGUGUAAACUACGUACACGAUAUAUACACAAAAAUGCUUCCCUCCCAAAAGGAGAGCUCAAAAGUAAAGAGUGUGAGAUUACAAAAAUACGUAACAUUGGCAUAUUGGCACAUAUCGAUGCUGGAAAGACUACCACAACCGAGAGGAUGUUAUUCUACUCGGGUCUCAUCAAAAAUAUGGGAGAAGUGCAUCACGGCAAUACAGUGACUGAUUACAUGGAUCAGGAACGUCAACGAGGGAUAACCAUCACCUCGGCUGCUGUCACGUUCAAUUGGAAAGACUAUCGCUUCAAUUUAAUAGAUACUCCUGGUCAUAUUGAUUUUACCAUGGAAGUAGAACAAACUUUGCAGAUAUUAGAUGGUGCAAUUGUAGUUCUGGAUGGUUCUGCCGGUGUAGAAGCCCAGACUUCAACAGUUUGCAGACAAGCAGAUAGAUAUAAUAUUCCUCGAAUAAUUUAUGUUAACAAAAUGGACAGACGAGACGCUGACUUUGAUAUGAGUUUACGAUCUAUCAAGUCCAAAUUAAAUGUCGAAACGUUACCUAUACAGAUCCCUAUAAAGGAAGCAGAAGGUUUUGAAGGCAUUGUAGAUGUGAUAACAAUGGAAAAGUUAACAUUUGAUAAAAAACAUCAAGGCAUGAAUUUAAUAAAAACAAAAAUAACCGAAAAUGACGAUGGAAAAUUAUGGGACAUCGCUAGUGAACAAAGACAAGUAUUGACUGACAAGUUAUCAGGCCUUGAUGACAAACUGGCAAACAUCAUUAUAGAGCAAGAAUCCCUGGAAAAUGUACAGCCGCAAAUAUUGGUCGACUCCUUGCGCAGAGUCACUCUAAGUAGAAAAGGUGUACCUGUAAUAUUAGGAAGUUCCUAUAAAAAUAUCGGAGUGCAGCCUUUGAUGGACAGCGUCAUUCUCUACCUACCGUCGCCGGCGAAUGCGGACAAUUUAAAUCCGUAUCGAUGCUUCAAGAACAAUCUGGCGGCCAGAGUCUUCAAGGUCGUUCACGACAAGCAGAGAGGUCCGAUUACUUUCUUCAGGAUUUAUUCCGGCAAAAUGAAGAAGAGCCAGAAGUUGUACAAUGUGACGCGCAAGCAGAGCGAGCAGUGCACUCGCCUGUACAUCGCCUGUGCCGACGAUUACGAGGAAGUGGCUGAAGUGAGUUAUGGUAAUAUCGCGGCUGUGGGUGGACUGAAAAACACCGUCACGGGUGACCUGGUGAUGACGAGUGCGUCCACAGCUAGUCACGCUAAACAGACUAUGCUGAAAGAGAACCCGGAUCGGCUGGACUAUGUGAACAAUUUCUUCGCGUCGGGUGUGAACUUGCCUGAUCCCGUUUUCUUCUGUUCCAUAGAACCGCCUUCUUUAUCGGCGCAAUCCGCCUUGGAGACCGCUCUUCAGGAACUGCAGAGGGAAGAUCCUAGUCUGCGCGUGAGAAACGAUCCAGAAACUGAUCAGAUCGUUCUCGCAGGAAUGGGAGAACUGCAUAUAGAGAUUAUCAAGGAGAGGAUAAGAAGGGAAUACAAGAUUGACGUGGACCUUGGUCCUUUGCAAAUUGCCUAUAAGGAAACGAUUCAGGAUGCGGUUAAAGAUACGCUAGACGUGGAGCACAAAGUCGGCCAGACAAAGCAUAAAGUUGCCGUAACUAUGUCUUUAAUACCUAAUUACGAGGGAAAAAAGCAGCUGCUGCUCGACAGGUCUCCGGACAAUGCGUCGAACAUCGACAACAUUCAUCCACGAGUGAUGAGUGCGAUUAAAAACGGCGUGAGUGCUGGUUUGUUGCACGGCGUGAAGUUAAGUUGUCCAGUAAUUAAUGUUGGCGUCAAGUUACACUGGUUGGAGGUGGCACGCGGUACCUCAGAUACCAUCGUUUCUGCCGCUGUGUCGCAAUGCAUUCGGAAGUUGCUUCAAGAUGGAAAUAGUAUGCUGUUAGAGCCGAUGAUGCGACUGGAAAUCGUUACACCGCAGGAAUAUUCUUCAAAUAUCAAUGCAGAUCUUGUUCGCAGACGUGUGGAAGUGCAACAGAUCGAUAUACGUGGUAAUAAUAAGGUGAUCAAAACUCUCGUGCCAUUGGCCGAAUUGUUAGGAUAUUCGACAACAUUAAGAAUUAUCACGUCUGGUAACGCGACGUUUUCGUUGGAAUUUAGUCAUUAUCAACUAAUGACUCUUGCUGAUGAAAAGGAAGCGAUUAGAAAAUUUAAAGGUUUCUGAAAUUUGUAAGUAGUAAAUAAAAAAUUAAUAAUACAGAGUAGAAUUUCACUUUACUGAAUUUAUUGAUUCAAUCUAAUCAAAAUAUAUUGCAACAUUAUCAUUGGUGCGUUACAAUCUCCAUAUAUGAUUCUCAACAGCGACCGCUAAGUAUGACACGGAAAGCUUUCAGUAAUUAAUCGGAGCAGAAUUCACUAGCGCUCUAUCAAAAAAAUCAUCAAUUAUUUACGGCUUCUAUGCAUCAUAACUAGCAGUCGCGCAUAAAUAUAUUAAUAUUGCUUAAGAUCAUGCAAAAAUGUCAUACAUAGUAAAAUAUAUGUAUGUAUGUGUAUAUUAUAUUGUAUGGAGGGAUUAAUGUUAUAAUGUCGUGUGAGACUGGAAAAACGACGGUCGCGUAUAAAAACUUAUUUAUGUCAAUGCAGGUGAGCACGAAAGCGAGACAAUUUUUAUUUUUAUAUGUACGAUUUUUAUACGUACUUACGAAAAAGCGUGAAAAAAA